AUGAUUGACAAAACGCUCAAGUUUCUAAUUGGCCAUGCCCAAGAAUCACCCAUAGCAUUCAUCGCAUACUUCGCAGCAGCUUCCGCUCUUCUAUAUUUACUUAUCACCGAGAUCCAAAGACACCAAGCCCGCAUUCCAGGAUUUGAUGGCCCUUCGGGGCUGCCUGUGAUCGGUAAUAUCCAUCAAAUCCGCGUCAAUGCAGCAGAGCAAUACCGGCUAUGGUCUCAAAAGUACGGCUAUGUAUAUCAAAUUAUGCUGGGCAACGUCCCCGUGAUAGUGGUGAACGGCGCCAAAGCUGCGCGCGAGAUUUUCGGGGCCAAUUCUCAAGCACUCGCCUCCAGGCCAGAAUUUUACACUUUUCAUAAAGUGGUGAGUUCUACAAGCGGGACGACGAUAGGAACAUCGCCAUUUUCAGAAUCUCUGAAGAGAAGAAGAAAAGGUGCAGCAUCCGCCCUGAAUAAACCAAGUGUGGCGACGUAUAUCCCGCACAUCGACGUCGAGACAAGGGAUUUCUUGAACGAAUUCCUCACUUACGGAGAUGGUGGACGAAAACCGGUGGAUCCGAUGCCAAUGAUUCAACGUCUUUCACUAUCGUUAGCAUUGACCUUGAACUGGGGGACCCGUAUGGCAUCCCAGAACGACGAACUCUUCGGUGAAAUCACGCACGUUGAGGAGGAGGUGUCCAAAUUUCGUUCCACCACGGGCAAUCUGCAGGACUAUAUCCCGCUUCUACGACUGAAUCCGUUCAACUUUGGAAGUGCCCACGCCCGCGGCAUGCGGCGCAGAAGAGACGUAUACCUAAAGAAGCUCAACGAUGAUUUAGACGACAGAAUGGCGAAGGGAAUCCAUCAACCUUGCAUUCAGGCGAACGUCAUCCUCGACAAGGAAGCAAAGCUCAACACCGAAGAGCUCAUCUCCAUCUCCCUUACCAUGCUGUCAGGCGGCUUGGACACUCUAACGACCCUGGUCGCAUGGUCGAUGGCGCUUCUUGCCCAACGGCCCGAGAUCCAACAGAAGGCGCUCGAGGAAAUCCGCAAGGUCUACCCGCAGGACCAGAUCCUCUGCGAUGUGAACGACGACCAAUCCAUCUCUUACAUCGUGGCACUCGUCAGGGAGUUGCUGAGAUACUACACCGUGCUGCGCCUCAGUCUGCCCCGCGCCACCGUCAAGGACGUCGUGUAUAACGGCCACACGAUCCCGUCUGGGAGCGUGGUGUUCCUCAACGCCUGGGCCUGCAAUAUGGACCCGGAAGUGUGGUCGGACCCCUUCAUGUUCCGGCCCGAGCGCUGGCUCGAGAACCCUGACGCGCCGCUCUUCACGUAUGGCCUGGGCUACAGGAUGUGCGCCGGCAGUCUGCUGGCGAACAGAGAGAUGUACACCAUCUAUCUGAGGCUGAUUAGCGCGUUCGAUAUCACGGACUUGCGCCCCGCCGAUGGGGGCGCCGGCGCCGUCGAGACGCAUCCCGUCAGAGGCGUCAUGGAUCCCACGCAGCUUGUGAGCGUCCCGCGCCGGUACACGGUCAGGGUGAUUCCCAGGGACGGGGAGGUGCUGAGGAGGGCUUUGAGCGAGUAUGAUGGAAAGCAUUCAUGA